AUGAAAACGGGAUUAGGCAUCGGGCGGGGAUUAGCGAACCAGUUGCCUCAAGCCACAUCCGGUAAACCAACACAAAACGCUUGUCCUGAGAUGCGAAGCCUACGUUAUCUCCUAUCAAGCUUGUCUGUCGUUGCUGUCACAAGAACUUUGGCGAGCCCUCUUGUCAUUCCUGGGCAUGAAGGCAGUCUCACUGUAGGACACGCUGCCACUGACGACUUCGAAAACAUCCUGCCAGAACUGGGUACCAGAGCCAUCAAGAAGCCGUUCUAUGCCAUCGCUCAUCGAUGUAACAACAUGGGCGCUGUUCAACGCGCUGUAAAAGACGGUGCCAAUGCCAUAGAGAUGGAUUUAUUCUCAGAAGGCAAAGAUGGUUGGUGGGCCUCGCACGAUGGACCAAGCAAGAAUGGCAAUAGCGCGAAAGAAAUGUUCGAUAACAUCGCUGCCCAUCGCAAGGCUGGCAAACAGAUCCUAGAGCCUCAAGGUGUUCACAUCCUGUAUGGGUUUUACGGAAACGGGAAUGGCAACGCAUACCAGCUUCUACAAUCCGGCCUCACUGCUAACGAGGCUCUGAAUGUAGAUGGUAGAUCAUCUCCUUUGCAGCAGUUUUUCAAUAACAAGGGACCUUCCAGUAUCCAGAAGCGUGUAGCUUCAUAUGGCUGGAUGGACCUCAAAAAUGGAUUUGGCAAUUGCACAGAGUCGGGAGAUGCACAUCUCACAUGUACUCAGCUGCGCCAGGAGGUUGCUAGCGGUAAAUUCGGAAAGGUAUUCGGUUGGACGGCGGUGGUGGAUCAAGUGCAGUUGGUUCACAAGCUCAUGGGCGUGGGUAUUGACGGUACUAUUUAUGGAUUGGAUGGCGCUCCUUACGGCGGGAGUACUACUGCUCUUGUGCAGAUCCGCAGUUCGCUUGCGCGGAAUGAAGGAUACCGAUACGCGGGAACCAGCGAUAAUCCAUGGUAG